AUGGAUAUCGUCCUCCAACAGCUCGAGCCUCUCCUCGCCGCUCUCCGCCCACACCUGGCCCCCAUCACCGCACAGCUCCCCGCCAGCAUUGCAAACCCCAUCUCAGACCUCAUCACCCCCGUCUGCUAUAAUACCCUCAUCCUGAAGCUCGACCCAGCCUCCUCCCCCGCCUGCACCCAGCUCGCGCUCUCAAAGGCAAUCGGCGUCGGCAUCAUCACCCUCUCCACAAUCAUCAAGGUCCCGCAGCUCAUCAAGCUCCUCAACUCUGGCUCUGCCCGCGGCGUCUCCUUCUCCUCGUACGCGCUCGAGACUGCGGGCUACCUGUGCACCCUCGCGUACAACUUCCGCUCGGGAAACCCAAUCAGCACAUAUGGCGAGAUCGGCCUCAUCGCGGUACAGAAUGUGGUCAUUGCCGUUCUGAUCUUGCACUACUCGGGGAAGGACAUGUGGGCGGCGGCGUUUGUGCCUGUAGUGGCAGCCUCGCUGUAUGCACUCUUUAGUGAGGGUGUGGUGGACGCGAAGCUUAUGGGGUACCUGCAGGCGGCGACUAUCCCCUUGACGCUGGCGAGUAAGGUGCCGCAGAUUAUCAGUGUGGCUAGAAAUAAGUCGACGGGCAACCUCUCGGCGUUUGCGGUAUUCAAUUACCUCUUUGGCUCGCUCGCUCGUGUCUUUACGACCCUGGCGGAAGUGGAGGACCCGCUCAUCUUGUACGGGUUCCUUGGUGGCGCAUUCCUGAACUUUGUGCUGGCGGCACAGAUGGUCUGGUACUGGAACUCGGGGAAGAAGCUCGGCGCCGGGACGCCGGCAAAGAAGCGAUACACCGGCCCUGCGAAGGGCAAGGGCGCACCAAAGAGGAAGGGUUAA